CGGUUGGAGAAGGUUGGAGCUGUAAAGUCCACCCGUCUGAAUCAGGUGAUCGCUAGCGAAUUCAAUGCAACAAUGGCGAUACCUCUCGGCAUAAUCGCUAGGUACUACUAGAUUUUUUUCCAUUUAGAAACUCGCAGCCUCCAUACCAGGAGAAGAGUUAGAGCCAGAGCCCAGAGCAGACACCGCAAGGCAAAAUUUUCACCUCACCGGCUCAUCGUCACCCUGCAACAAGCAAGCAGAGAGAUGCUCCUCGCGUUGCUCACCGUGCUCGCUUGGGCGUGGCCCGCCGCGGCAUCGGUGGCAUCGCAGCCAAUCGGAUCAACAUGCCAGCGCCGGUGCGGUGGCGUGGACAUCCCGUACCCGUUCGGCAUCGGCCACGGCUGCUACCUCUACACGGGCGAGAACGAUCUCACCUUCGGCCUCACCUGCAACCUCACCGCGGCAGGCAGCUACGCCCCCUUCUGCGGCGGCCUGGAGGUCCUGUCCGUCUCCCUGCCCCGCGGCAAGGCGCGCGUCCGCAACAACAUCAGCGCCUGGUGCUACAACGCCACGUCCCGGUCCAUGGACGACCAGAGCGGCAACCUGUGGACGGACGUCUCCGACUCCUCCUUCACGCUGUCGGACGAGGAGAACCGGCUCACCGUCGUGGGCUGCAACUCGCUCGCCUACGUGAGCUCCUCCUCGGUGUCCCAGUUCGCCACGGGCUCUGACUACAUGACCGGGUGCAUGGCCACGUGCCCGGGAGGCGCUGCCGCUGUGCGGCAGCUGGAGAAUGGCUCCUGCGCUGGCAUGGGGUGCUGCCAGGCCGCCAUCCCCAAGGAGAUCAACUCCUACGGGGUGGUGUUCGAGGAAAAGUUCAACACCUCCCAGAUCAAGAGCUUCAGCCGCUGCAGCUACGCCGUCCUGGUUGAGGCGUCGGCGUUCGACUUCCGGACCACCUACGUCACCACCGGUGACUUCAUGGAGUCCACCGGCGGGGCGGUGCCGCUGGUGCUUGACUGGGUCGUAGGGAAGGAGACGUGCCAGGAGGCGAGACGGAACGCCACGGCCUACGCCUGCGUCAGCGGCCACAGCGUGUGCGUCGAUUCCAGAAACGGCCCGGGAUAUCUCUGCAAGUGCUCUCGUGGAUACGAAGGCAACCCAUACUUGCAAGGCGGCUGCCGAGAUAUUAACGAGUGCGAGGGGGGCGAGUACCCGUGCUCUGUUCCUGGUACCUGCAUCAACACUCCUGGGGGAUCCAGGUGCACUUGCCCUGACGAGACGAUAGGCAAUGCUUAUACCGGCACAUGCGAGGCGGAGAAAUCUCAACUUGGAGUGCACAUCGCAAUUGGUGUUAGCGUCAGUGUAGUUGUACUAGUAAUCAGCAUGUCUUGUGCUUAUAUGAUCCACGAAAAGAGGAGCCUCGCCACUGUUAAAAAGAGGUACUUCAAGCAGCAUGGAGGCCUCUUGCUGUUCGAGGAAAUGAAGGCAAAACAGGGAGUGUCCUUCACACUGUUCACCAAGGAGGAGCUAGAAGAGGCAACGGGCAAAUUUGACGAGUGCAACGUGCUCGGAAAUGGAGGCAACGGGACCGUCUACAAGGGAACCCUGAAAGACAGCAGGACCGUCGCCAUAAAGAAGUGCAAGCUCAUCGACGAGAGGCAGAAGAAGGAGUUCGGGAAGGAGAUGCUCAUCCUAUCCCAGAUCAAUCACCGGAACAUCGUCAAGCUAUACGGCUGCUGCCUCGAGGUGGAGGUCCCCAUGCUCGUCUACGAGUUCAUCCCCAACGGCACCCUGUACCAGCUCAUCCACGGCGGCGACCGGCACCACCACCAGGGGUCGCGUGUCUCCUUCGCGACGCGCCUCAAGAUCGCGCAUGAGUCCGCAGAGGCGCUCGCGUACCUACACUCCUGGGCCUUGCCCCCGAUCAUCCACGGCGACGUGAAGUCUCCCAACAUACUCAUCGACGACAACUACACCGUCAAAGUUUCAGACUUUGGGGCCUCCACGCUGGCCCCGACUGAUGAGGCCCAGUUCGUGACGUUCGUGCAAGGGACCUGCGGCUACCUCGACCCGGAGUACAUGCAGACCUCCAAGCUGACGGACAGGAGCGACGUCUACAGCUUCGGCGUCGUCCUCCUCGAGCUGCUCACGAGCAGAAAGGCGCUGAACCUUCAGGCGACCGAGGGCGAGGUGAAGAACCUCUCCUCUCAUUUCCUCCUUGCUGCGAACGCGAGGAGGCUCGACGAGAUAGUGGACGUUCAGAUCGUCAACGAGGAGAGCAUUGAGCCGAUCGAGCAGGUGGCCGGGCUAGCAAAGCAAUGUCUUGAGAUGAACAGCGAGAAGAGGCCAUCGAUGCGGGAGGUUGCCGAAGAGCUAGGCAGGCUAAGGAAGCUUCUGAAACAUCCAUGGGAUCAAAGGAGUUCCGAAGAGGAGAUGCGGGGUUUGCUUGUUGGGUCGCCAACACCAAGCACAUAUUCUGAUGUUGAACUGAGCAAUGCCUAUGUCAGCUUGGACGACUCUGCGUAUCUAGGAGUGCAAUCUCCGCGGUGAUUGCAUUUUUUUGUUGAUUUUGUGGGUAUCUACGUUUUGUCAAUUGUUGUACUAAGAUUCGUUGUGAACACUCGGUACUUGUGCAGUCCCAACUAGCAUCUUCCCUCCUUGAUAUAGAACAAUGAGAGCUACUUUAUCUUUGGAACCU